AUGUGUCAAUUUGCUUCAAGUUGGUUUAAAGGUUCAAAUUCAACUUGGUUGGAGUAUAGUGUGGAGAAAGAUACCGCAUAUUGUCGUUGUUAUUUGUUCAAAAAUGAAUUUGUUCAUGAAACUACGGGUGAUUUUUAUGCAUCAAAGGGUUUUAGGGGUUGGACUAAGGCUCUUGAAAGAUUUCGUUUACAUGUCGGUAAAGUAAAUAGUAUUCAUCACAAAUGUUACAAUAAGAUGCUAGAUUUGUCAAAUCAUCGUCAAUCAAUUCAAGUUGUUCUUGACAAACAUUCUCAGAAGGCAAGAAGUGAGUACCAAAUUCGUUUGGAAGCUUCAAUUGAUGUGGCAAGACUUCUUUUGUAUCAUGGAUUGCCUUUUCGAGGUCAUGCCGAAAGUGAAGCUUCAACUAAUCAAGGCUACAGAAUUCGCUUGGAAGCUUCAAUUGAUGUGGCAAGACUUCUUUUGUAUCAUGGAUUGCUUUUCGAGGUCAUGCCGAAAGAUAUUGUCAAUGCUUGUGCGAAAGAAACAUUGAAAGUUAUAAUUGAGGACUUGAAUGGAGAUCACUUUGGGAUAUUAGUUGAUGAAUCCAAAGACAUCUCACAUAAAGAACAAAUGACUCUUGUUUUGAGGUAUGUUGAUAAGAAUGGUGAAGGUGUAGAGCGACUUAUUGGUCUUGUCCUUGUUAGUGAUACAUCGCAAUUGCUUGAGUCCAGUGAAGCUCAUACCGGACAAGGAUUACAUCAAGAAAGUGGGCUUCAAAGACCUGGUGAUACUCGUUGGGGAUCAUAUUUCAAGACAUUGGAUAACUUUCUUGUUAUUUUCUCAUCUAUUGUUCAUGUGCUUGAAGUGAUUGAAAUUGAAGAUGAGCCUUAUUUUCCUAGAAAGUCAAAGCAUAAGUGUUUGGAUGUUUGUUAUCUGCACCAUUUAUGUGUUGAAAUUUUUUGUGCGGUCAUUGAUGUGCAACUUCAAGAGCUUAAUGAUUGUUUUGAUAUAGUGAGUAGUGAUUUGCUUCUUGGGAUGGGUAGCUUGAAUCCUGUCAAUUCUUUCUCUACCUUUGACAAAGAUGGAAUUAUGACUUUAGUGAAGUGUUAUCCAAAUGUGUUUGAUGAUGGAAAGCUUUGA